AUGAGUGCGAUCACGCUCGAAUUUCUUCAAGAUCUCCUCAAGGAGGAUUAUCCCGAUGUCGUCAUUCAGGAAUUUCAGGGUGCACCGGGAACAAAGCGAGGAGACAAUUACACUUCCAUGGUUUAUAGAAUAUCCCUAAAAGGAAUAAGAAAAAAAGAUGCAGAAUCCACUGAAGAGCCUUGGGAGAGUUCUAUAAUAUACAAAUGCCUGCCUGAAAGCGUUAUGCGAAGGGAGGCAUUCAAAAGUGACGAACUUUUUUGCAAUGAAGUCGCAUUCUACACUAAGAUCUGGCCAACCUUGAUCAAGUUUCAGUCCCAGUGGGAAAAGGUGGCGAACCCUUUCAAAUGUAUACCUAAAUGUUAUCUCGCUCAAAAUGAUCUGGUGAUUUUAAAAGAUUUAAAGCAAAUGGGUUUCGUGAUGCCAGACAGAAGACAAGGGUUAACCAUCGAGCAAAGCUAUUUCGUUUUAAAACAUUUGUCACAUUUCCAUGCGUUGUCAUUAGCGAUGAAAUAUCACAAUCAGGAGGAGUUUUACGAAUUACUGAAUAUACAGGAUGGUAUAUCUGAAGUAUUUUUUGUUCCGGAAAACGAAGAUUACUUCAAGAGCUACUAUACUGAGGCGACACAAAACGCCAUUGCGAUGGUCGAGGAAGAACUUCGGGACUCGGAAAAGAAAGACCUGUACUUGAAGAAGUUCCGAGAAUUCUGCAGCGAGGAUACGUUUUUCCAGACCAUGGUGGAGCAGGUGGCACCGAAGGAGCCCCUUGCGGUUAUAUGCCAUGGAGACUGUUGGACCAAUAAUUUCCUGUUUCGAUACAUUGAUGGGGAUAUAGCAGAGAUGUACAUAGUAGACUUCCAGUUGGCGCGUUACGCGUCACCCACACUAGACCUCGUGUACCUCAUGUACCUGUGUCUAGACAGAGAGCAGAGAACUAGCCACCUAGCUUCCUUGCUUGAGUACUAUGCGGAUGAACUGCAUAGGAGGCUGGUGGAGAUGAGUGAGGACGACUCCGUGUUCCAUAGCAAGCUCAACAGGGAUACUUUGUACGAAAUGCUAAUGGAGGAGUUCAAACGCAGUAGUCGUUUUGGACUUGGCAUUGCUUUGGACAUGUACCCCAUAAUGACCUGCGACAGUGACGAGGCUCCCAAUCUUUAUCAAUCGGAGGAUACUGAGACAAACCCAUCACAUGACUGUAUCAAGCCGGUGUGGACGUCAAACACUGCGUGCAGAAGGAAAAUGACGGAUCUAAUUCAAGAACUGGUAGACGGAGGAAUGUUAUGA